GUGACUGGUCACGGCUCACGCCAGACCUCAUGCGCGAAAUCGGCGCGAAACGCCACCCAAACGACACAGCGCUCCUGCGCACGCUUAGCAAGGAUACGGCCACUGCAUUAGACUACUACAAAACAGGACACUGCAGCUGUAGAGACCAGGCAGUGCCUACGGUGUUGCGGAGCAGCCGUGGCCCUCGCUGUUCGCCUCACGCUGGAGCCAUCCCGAGCCAUGCAGCAGUUGUGGCAGUAGCAGUGGCAGUAUCGGCAGGGGCGGCGGCAGUAGCAGUUGCAAUGGCAGUGGCAGUGGCAGCAGGGGACCACUGUCGCAAGGGGCGUGUUGGGCAUGGUCGCCCCGUGUGGCACUCGACCCACAUGUAUGACUGGACCACCCUGCACGACUUCAUCCUGCCGGCCGCGCGGUCUGGUCACGAGGCUGUGGUGGGCUGCUGGCUGGUCCUGCGGGCGGGUCUGGUAGCCCGACCGGUGGCACCACACGCUGCAGGGUGGGUGGGUGGCGGCACGGGGUGCGGCACGUACCGUCGCGACCGAUUGACAGCUUUUCGGGCAGUAAACAACGCUCAGAUGAACCGGGGCUAUGCGCAUCUGGGCGCCGUGGCCCACGACCGGAGCUGGCGGGUGCGGGUGCGGGCGCAGGCGCAGGCGGCACCAGGCUGUGAGGAGGUGCGGCCGUGACGAGGGGGGCUGUGGUGGACGGCGGUGGUGAUGCCGACAUGUGGGGCACGAAAGAGUGGGGCGGUGUGCUGCAGUGCAUGGCUUUGUUGCGCUGUGGGUUGGUGAGUGGUGUAUAGGAACUGUGAGCUCUGUGCGCAGCUACCGGUAGUAGCUUUGGAGCCUUGCGGCUGUAGGGAUGGGGCUGCUCUGGUAAGUGGCGGUGGGGGCACACUGUCGGCGGCAUCAUGCCGUACGGUAUGUCAUGACAAGACGGGACAACCCGGUGGUGUCUUACGGUGUGGCACGUGUGUGGGAGCUGUGCCGGCUAGCCACAGGGGUGCUGGGCGGCUCGUGUGGGCGGGGAAGUGUGGGCUGGAUUUUGCCGGGGCAGGCGUGGACGGCGGGGUGGUUCCGAGAACCGACCCCAAGUGAUGGCAUGUCGAUUACAGCGUACAGGAAGAGUGGCGACCGUUGGGCGGUGGGGUGCACAGAGGAUACGGCAGGUUGGCACCCCAAGGAACCCCAGGCGAUACCCCACAUUUGGCGCUAGGGGGUGCCGACGGAAAUGUGUGCGCAGUGCGCUCACUGGGCAGUGAAGCCAAGCCAAGCCUAUGGUGCCAAUGAUUGGGUUGAACAGAUUGAACGGAUUGAAUGGCUGAACCAAGAGGCCAUAGCCCCAAUCCCCUGGUGGCUGCAGCGCCCGCCCUACGUACGGUUUGCUGCAGCCAUGUAGGGCCCAUUGCCAGAGGCCCAGAGCGACAGCCCUCUAGCCCAGGCCAGGCCCAGGCAAGCAAGGCCCACAGCAGGGGGGGGGGGGUAGUUUCGACUGGGAAAGGCCCCAUGUUCUAAAACGAAAGAGCUUGACGAGAGGACUCCAAAUCCACUUUCAGAGUUUCAAUCAGGGUAGUAAUUGCAAAGUUAUGGGCCCUCAAAGUUCAGGGUCGGUCGUCGGGGUCGGGGGUCCCCAAGGUUUCGUCACGCGGAUGUGGGUGGGACUGCCAGAUUUCGUCUCCGCGCCCUAAACGCCCCUCUAAACGCUCCGCCCAUUAGCACAAGCACUUGCACACAUUAGCACGCACACACUAAAGCAUUUGCAGAACGUUUGGCCUCUGGAAAGCGGCCGCAUGUCCGUCCACAUCGGCAUCGUAGUAGCAUAGAGCCCCACUCGAGCGUCCCUCACUGGUGUCAUGGAGACUAUGCGAACUGAUGCUAACUUGUAACGGCCAAGGCUU